CAUGAAAUGAAUUAAGCUAGCUUCAACUCAACCUACGUAAUUAAUUAGGACAGGCGGCGGACAACAUGGCGGCGACCAUCGUACGACUUCUCCUUGUUUCACUCCUAGCAGCUGCUGCGGCGGCGGCCACAAAUUCAACGCACCCACAACAUCAUCGCCGCCCGCCAUACAACGUCCACCUUCUCCGCCACAGGACUGGGGCCGCCGGCCGGCACAUCCCCUUCAUCAACUGCCUCAGCUGGCGGCUCGGCGUGGAGACCAACAACAUAAGGGACUGGCACAUGGUCCCGCGGUUGUGCCAAGGCUAUGUCGGCCACUACAUGCUCGGCCGGCAGUACCACAAUGACUGCGCCGCCGUGGCUGCCGCCGCAUUGCGGUACUUGGCAGGGUUGCGCCAUGUUAAUAAGGACGGCAAGGAUGUUUGGGUGUUUGAUAUUGACGAGACCGCUCUCUCUAAUCUCCCUUAUUAUGCCCGAGCAGAUGUUGGGUUCGGAGCAAAGGCAUACAACGAGACAAAGUUCGAGGAGUGGAUAAAAGAAGCAAAAGCGCCGGCAAUGCCGGAGACACUGCGGAUUUACCGGAGGGUUCUGUCGAUGGGGAUCAAGGCGGUCUUCAUCUCCGCCACCAAAGAAGAACUCCGGCCAGCCAGGGUUUUGAAUCUUCAUCAAGCUGGUUUCAGAAUCUGGGAGUCCCUCAUCCUAAGGGAAAGAAACGAGACGGGUGGGGCAGUGGUGGAAUACAAGACGAGGAAGAGGACGGAGCUGGUGAAGAAAGGGUAUAGAAUCGUGGGGAACAUUGGAGACCAAUGGAGUGAUUUGGUGGGUGAAAAUGUUGGUUUCCGCACUUUCAAGAUGCCCGAUCCCAUGUACUACGUUGCUUAAUUAGUUAGCUUCAUCCAUCACUAUUUUUAUUUAUUUAUUUAUGUUACUUUUAUUUUUUAAAUUGCACUUGGGCAGUGCAUCACUAUUGUGAACCAAUAUUUUUCUUGAGUGAUUUAUAAAAAUGAUGUCUACUUGAACUGUUACAAUGAUAUAAAAGUAGAGAAAUUUACCUAAAUAGGACUAAAACAUAAUGACUUUCCCAAUAUAGGACCAUAUGUUUU